UCCUGAAUUUAUUAUUAACUAGCAUCAUUCAAAGAAGUCCCCACAUUUUUUUGGGAGUGACUUGUAAGCAGCUUAAUUAUAUGUCACUUAUUUGCUUUCCCUCCUUCUUCCGUUUGGUGUAAACUGACGUUUAAAUUUCCGGCGGUCCCUGAACGCGCCAUCAGUCCACCUCCAUCCGCUGCUGUUACCGGACAGAAGAGCACCGAGCGGCCCCGUGAAGUUCACUCAGCCCCGGAGAGGAUCCAGCAGAGCAGUCCGGUUCACUAGACGAUGAAGGAGGAGAUGAGCGCCGUCGUCCUGGUCUUGGGGUUUCUGUUCGCCCUGAGCGACGGUUCGGCCGGUCCGGACUGCAGCCCGUCCACGACGGAGGCGAGCGGCGCGGUGCGUUUACUGUCGGCUGGGGUCAACGCCCAGAAAGCCGAGGAGAGCCAGAGGCAACACCUGGAGGCUCUGUUCAACAGAUAUGGUGAAAACGGCACCAUCUCUCUGGCCGGGUUGAAGCGCCUCCUGCAGAAAGUGGGGUUGGGUCGCGUCAGGGCCAUCACUGUGCAACAUCACGAGCAGCCGGGCCACCACCACCACCACCAUCAUCAAUACCACGUGCACCACGACACAACGCAUCACCACAAACAUGGCGAUGUGUCACCGACGAAGUUUCCAACGAACCAGGACGGUCACGAUAAGAAAACAACGAUAGCGGCGACUCAGGAGGUCGAAACCACGGCGGAGAGUCCAAGCCCUGCAGGGGAGGAAACUACCGGAGGGAACGCCACCCGGGUCGUCACUGAGAGUCAGACUCAGGCAGCAGUUAGCCAAGGCGACCACCACGACCACAACCAUGACCACGACGACCACGACCACAACCACGACCACGACCAUGACCAUGACCAUGACCAUGACCACCAUGACCACCAUGAC